CUGGAGAGGGUUAUGGCAGAAUUUGCAGCGUCAGGAAGCCACGGGAAGCUGAGCGAACACAGUAAAAGAGCAGUAAGGAGAAAAAGGGGCUGUGCAGAGAGCAGAAGUGGCACGUAUGGGACUUAACACGACAAGAAGACGGUAGAUGUGGACGGCGAGGACCAACAGCGCUGCAGACAUUGUUUAAACAUGCUCUAUAAGUGCAGGAAUUGUGCUGCUAACUUUGAGUGUUCCUUGCAUUAUUUAGACAGCAGCUCAUUUCACUGAUGAGGUUCAAAGCAGCUGUCGGAGAGGAGUGACCCACCCUCCACCAAAGGUGCACAGCACGCCUGCAGAAGCCCAGGCCCCGCUGCCUUCUAGUCCCCGUUUUCUGCUCGAGUUUGGCUCUGGAUCAUUCAAAACUGUUUCUCCAACGCUUUUAUCAAAAACUUAGACUGUUUUCCAAAGCAGAUUCGGCCCAGCCCUCCCAGGCGGAAGCAAUGGGGAGUGUGCGAAGCCACCGUUACAGCAUUGUGUCCUCUGAGGAAGAUGGCAUGAAGCUGGCCGCUCUUGCCGUCCCAAAUGGCUAUGGAAACGGCAACGUCAACAAGGUGCACACGGAGCACCAGCAUCAGAGCCGCUUUGUCAGGAAGGAUGGCCACUGCAAUGUGCAGUUUAUCAAUAUGAGUGAGAAAGGCCAGCGGUACCUGGCAGAUAUCUUCACCACCUGCGUGGACAUCCGCUGGCGAUGGAUGCUGCUCGUGUUCUGCCUUUCUUUUGUUCUUUCGUGGUUAUUUUUUGGCUUUGUCUUCUGGUUAGUGGCCCUCUCUUAUGGGGACUUGGAGAAUGAGACUCAAAUGUGUGUUUCCAAUGUGGACAGCUUCACCGCUGCUUUUUUGUUCUCAGUGGAGACACAAACCACUAUCGGCUACGGCUAUAGAUACGUGACAGAGGAGUGCCCCGUUGCUGUCUUCAUGGUUGUCUUCCAAAGCAUCGUGGGCUGCAUCAUUGAUGCUUUCAUCAUCGGGGCAGUCAUGGCAAAGAUGGCCAAGCCCAAAAAAAGGAAUGAGACACUGGUGUUCAGCCAUUACGCCACUGUGGCCAUGAGAGAUGGUAAACUUUGCCUCAUGUGGCGUGUGGGAAACCUGCGGAAGAGUCACCUGGUGGAAGCCCACGUCAGGGCUCAGCUACUCAAGUCCCGCACCACAGCCGAGGGCGAGUACAUCCCUCUGGAUCAGGUGGAUAUUGACGUGGGCUUCGAUAGCGGCAUUGACAGAAUUUUCCUGGUGUCCCCAAUCACAAUUGUGCAUGAGAUAGAUGAGGACAGCCCUUUUUACGAGAUGAGCAAACAGGAGCUGGAGACGUCAGAGUUUGAGAUCGUGGUGAUCCUUGAAGGCAUGGUGGAGGCCACGGCGAUGACCACGCAGUGUCGGAGCUCCUACGUGGCCAGCGAGAUCCUCUGGGGCCACCGCUUCGAGCCAGUCCUCUUUGAGGAAAAGAACUACUACAAAGUGGACUACUCUCGCUUUGACAACACAUACGAGGUGCCCAGCACACCUGACUGUAGUGCCAGAGAGCUGGCUGAGAGGAACUCCAACGCCUCCAGCCGGAGGAACUCGUUUUGUUAUGAGAACGAGGUGGCUCUGGAGAAAGUGGAGAUGGAGGAGGAGUUGGAGGAUGAGGACAACAGGGAGAUGAGGGGCGUUGAGGUCUUUGCACUUGAGGACACAAACAUAGAUGUGGUGUCAGACUCUGAAUGCAAUCUGGACUCUUUGCCUUUGGAAUCAACGCCUUUGACGGCAGAAUCAGAAAUAUGACUUCAGAGAUAAAGAAGAAUUAAAAUACUGCAGGGUAUGGUAAAACUAGCUUGAAUUUGGUCCUGAUGCUGUUUUUAAUGCAUGCCAGUUUGUAAAAGACUGUGAUUUGAGUAUGAAGUUCUUUAUGCAAAAGCUUCGCCAUAAGACACCGUGAGAAUCCAGAUGUUCUGGUCGUUUAUGGUGAACGUGGUAAUUUAUAAUUGGUUGCAUGAUGGGAUUUGAUGGGUAAAGAUGUCAUCACUUACACACUGUGAAGUCUUUCUUAAAAUAUUCUCAAAAAUGUUCAACUUGUAAAGAAGAGGUUGACCAGAAAAUUUCUACUCUUAUUUAUUGAAUUUAGAGUUCCCAACCUGUAAAUUUUCCACAAAGCAUCUUUGAUGUGUGAGCUUCUUUUUGGCCCAGUGUCACAUAAGAGUGACUUUUAAAGCUAAUUUAUCUAAUUUUAAAGCUCCUGUGAGGUGUUUUUGGUGACCCCUGUGGACAGAGCAAUAUCUCUUUACUGAUUUUGUCCUUUAAAAGCGAAAGUGGUCCCUUUCAACAAAAAUAUCUCAGCCUUUCCCUAGAAAAAGGUUCAUAUGUCUGAAAUCUACCCCCUGGCAGCGGUUCCAGGCAUUAGAAUUAACAUAAUAGAAAUAAACAAUCUUCUUGCUGAUGGUCUGGUUUGCAUAAAGAGGCAUCAGCAUUAAUUUCAGUCAGUUUAAUUUGGAGCACAAAAAUCCUAACAGGAGCUUUAAUAAAAUACAUAUUUUUAAAUCAAUUUAACUCCACUUUUGAGUUUUUUCCUUUAAUGCCAACCUAAAUAUGAUUUAUUUGAGAAAUUUUUAAUUUAAGUCUAUUAUUUAAAGGCUACUUAAAAUGUUAAAUCCCCUUCGUAAAGGUUUGUUAAUGAGCUGGUCUCUUAGCAAGUCAUAUUAAUACUCUCUUCACUGUGUUUGUCUUUGUGUUGCUCUGACGAUGCAAGGCAGGACAGAGAUUAUCUGGCACUCAUCAGGAUCACAAGUACACAGUGCUCCUCAAACUAUCAUCUUGUCUCAAUGCGGCAUCUUUUGCAAUGUGUGCCUUAAAAGAAAGUCCCAGUCCUGGUGGAAGGUUUGGCUUUUACAAAGCACACACUGCAAGAGUUGUCAUAAGAAGAAGCAUUAAAAGUAGGGCUGUCAACAUUAAUGCAUUAAUCAGGAUUGAUUAAGGUCCAUAAUUAGUGUGUUCUUUACUUAAAUGGCAUUCUUUAUGGCCCUUUUUCUGCCCACUUUAAAACACUGUAGCGUCUCCCUGCAACCAGUGAUGUGAAGCAAGUCCACCACUGAUCCUCAAUGUCUCAUUUCACUUUACAAAACUGUCAGACAGCUCAGCAGACAAGUCAAAAGUCAUCUGUAUUUUGUGUUAUCAAUCACAAAUUUACCUUUUUUUCUUAUUUCAUUUUUAAUCCAUAACAAGCUUUUUUUCUGUGGUUGAAUUCAUGUCAUAACCUUUGAUCUAUCCAAAAUUACUUUCUUUCAAAUUGAAGCAGGUCUGUUUCCAAACAGGAAGGUAUGAAAGCCCAUUUCUAGCAUUAAAAAAGGAAAAGAUAUGAAAGUAAGGUAAAUAUUAAUAAAUAAUCUUAAAUCGAAAUUAUGAGAUUAAAAGGCUAUCGUUAUGACACUUUGUAAGUCUUAAUUGUAAGUUAUGUCAAAAUUACGGGAUAAAAAGUCAUAAUAACAAGAUAAAAGUUGAAAUUAUGACAUUAAAAGUCAUACUAAUAAAAUCAAACUUGAAAUCGUGAAAUAAAAAGUACAAAUGUUAAAAUUAAAGUCAAAACUAUGACAUGAAAGUAAAAAUUACUAAAGUAAAGUCACAAUUGUGAGAUAAGAAGUCAUAAUAUCACAAUCACAAUUGAAAUUACGAGAAAAAACUUAUAUUAUAAAAUGAAAGUAAAAAUGAUGACAGAAAAGUCAAUAAUGAGAUAGCAAAAUCAGAAUUAUGAGAAAAAAAUUGCAACUCUGACAUUAAAAGUUAAAAUUAUAAGAUUAAAGUCAAAAUGACGGCAGAAAACGUAAUGUAAUUAAAAAGUAAUUAAUAUGAGAUUAAUGUUUAAAUUCUGAAUUAUGAGAUUUGAGUCAAAUUUAUAACAUAAAAAGUCAUAGUUCUGAUAUUAAAAAAAUCUGAAUUGUGAGAAAAAUUUAAAUUAUGAUCUACAAAGUGA